AUGCAUCGUUACACCACUUUCCCGAACCUCUGCAUUGCUGCAACGCCAACCCCCGAUCCUGGGCUGCCUACGCAUCGCUUGGUGGAGCUUCGAAUCCCCAGUGAUACCCCAAAGGAAUCUAUCCUCGUCUCGUGGUCACAGAUAUUGAGGGGCUACGCACCCGGGGAUAAUGUGGUGUUUCGAGUCGAAGACGAAGUCGUUAAUGUUGAUUUCCUGACCGGCGAUGUGGAGUACAUUCCUGGGGAAAAUAUCCAAGUUGGGGAACAGGAAGGCGCUUUACGGGGAUGUACCGGUAUUUACUUCCAAACUGUUGAAGCUACACGACUGCCCGAUGUGUAUUUGGUAUUAAACUUCUCAAGGUCGAUCAUUUCCAUUUUCGCUUCCAAGGCGAUCGUUCCCCUUCGGCACCUGCAAUCACUCGCUUCACAACUUCUCCGGGUUCUAUCGGGAAACACCACUUCACCCUUGGAGCAGCUUGCCAAGCUCAGUGUCAAUGCGCAGAGUGCGGAGGCUUUUGCUACACUCGGGAACGGCGACUAUGAGUCAUUUGGCGAGCUAUCGGUUCUGAACCCUCACCCUCAAAAGUUGGCCGGGCCCGAGCUAUUGCACGAACUCAUAUCUCCAGCACAUUGUGACUGCAAAGCCUUGGAUUUUAUGUAUGCAGACGGAGAAGCAAGAAAGAGUCAUACGUAUGAGCAGCUCGACUCUCUUUCAACCCAAUUUGCCCUUCGUCUUCUCGAGUACCUACCCCAUGGCAAAACCGGACAUGCUAUUCCGGUCUUGCUUCCACAGUCGCCGGAACUAUAUAUCGCCUUGAUCGGUGUCUUAAAAGCUGGUGCAGCGUUCGUGCCACUAAACCUUGACGCCCCAGCAGAGCGAAUUCGCUUCGUUGUUGGAGAUGUGAAAGCAAGCGUUAUUGUUACCGCGUCGUCGUUCUCCAACAUUUUUACAUGGGAAAAAUGUCCGCCAACUAUCCUCGCUGAUAGCGACGUAACAACGGCUCCAGAAGAGCUCAUGCUAUCUUCGAACAUCAACCCCAAUGGACCAGCGUAUAUUAUGUACACCUCCGGCUCCACUGGUACUCCAAAAGGCGUCAUAAUCUCUCACUCAGCAGCUACCCAAUCCCUCCUUGCCCAUGAGGAACACAUUCCAUUGUUCGAACGAUUCCUUCAGUUUGCCGCGCCUACAUUCGAUGUUUUUGUCUUUGAAAUGUUUUUCCCAUUAUUCCGCGGAAAGACCCUUGUUGGUUGUGACCGGGGGAGGCUCCUUGCGGAUCUUCCUGGAGUGAUCAACAUGCUCGAUGUAGACGGAGCGGAGCUGACACCAACGGUUGCGGGCGGGCUUAUUAUUGAGCGAGACAAAGUGCCCGGGCUAAAGGUGUUACUUACAAUUGGUGAGAUGUUGACCCGCCAGGUCGUGGACCAGUUCGGCAGUGACGUGCUGCAGGGUAUGUAUGGGCCCACUGAGGCGGCAAUACAUUGUUCCCUUGCAAUCGGCUUUGAGAAGAGCUGGAAGAUUGGGGAUAUUGGAGUACCGUUUAAAACAGUUUCUGCCUUCAUUCUUUCUGCAACUACAUCCGACCUAGAGGUUUUACCCCUCGGUUGGGUUGGCGAGCUCGCGGUUGGGGGAUACCAACUUGCUGAUGGAUAUUUGAAUCGUCCAGAAUUAACGAAGGAAGUUUUUAUCGAUUCAAAAGAAUACGGUAGACUUUAUCGCACAGGAGAUCUUGCAAGGAUAUUAUCGAGCGGAAGGAUUGAGUGCCUUGGUAGAGUUGGAGCUGGUCAGGUUAAGCUUCGAGGCCAAAGGAUAGAACUAGCAGAGAUAGAAGAGGUUGUGUUGAGAACACCAGGCGUUAAAGGUGCUGUUGCGAGUGUAUUGAGGGGCAGGGUGGUUGUCUAUGCUGGAGGUGGAGUGGAGCGGGAAGCUGUAUAUGAUGUUUGUAGGAAGUGGCUCCCGGGAUUCAUGGUGCCCAGUGAUCUUGUGGUCCUCAACGAAUUACCACGAUUACCUUCUGGUAAGGCUGAUCGGAAGAAACUGGAUAAGCAAUACUUGGAGACAUCUCAAGCACCUGCCGCGGAGAAUGGUGCCGAGGGGCUCAACGAUAUGAACCAAAUAGUCUUUGAUAGUGUCGAGGAAUUAUUAGGUCACAAGCCGUCUAGGAAGGGCAGCCUGGGAGCGAUGGGACUCGAUUCAAUACAAGCUAUUCGUCUAGUAUCAGUCUUACGAUCGCAAGGCUUUACUAUCGAGGUAAUUGAUGUUCUACGGGCUGAUUGCAAUAUUACCACGGCCAGAUUUCCUAUGCUUAUUCUGAGAACGGGUUUUGUAACCGUUGAUGAUGGGUUCGCGCAAGUCGUUUGGAAAUCAUCUAGGGCUGGACAGUUUUCCCUUGCGAACGAAGUUCGGUCAUCGUGGGAAGUGCCGUCGAUUGAGCAGCUUAUUGAACCGCCUUUUGCAGCCUUCUUGGUUAAGAGCACAGAUGUUUGGCAGUUAAGCAUACACCUGCAUCACGCUGUUUACGAUGGUUGGUGUUGGGAACAAGUGCUCUCUGACUUCUCCUUUCAGUUAAGCGGGGGUGCCAAAUUACCCAUCCGACCACAAUACCGAGAUAUGGUUCAAUACGAACUAUCAAGAAGUAGGGAGUCAAAGGGAGUAUCUGAGGGGUUUUGGAAAGACUUUUUAGACGGGGCCCCCAAUUCGAGACUACCUUGCUUCCAUGGGCAUACUGCUGCUCUUUCUGGCGUCUUCACAGAGAUGAUUAACUUACGAAGUUCCCGUUCGGAAUAUGAGGCCUCGGCAAGGAGGAUGGGGGUUAGUCCGCAAACACUCAUCCAAGUGGCUUGGGGUUAUCUGUUGAGUCUCUACAUGGGAUCUCGGGAUGUUGUUUUUGGGACAGUAGUCUCGGGAAGAACAGUGGCUCUACCCGGCGUUGAGGAUAUUUUGGGACCAACCAUUCUCACGCUACCGCUCAGAGUGAAAAUAAGGCGCGAAAGCACUACGGAGGAUAUUGUUCGAGAUGUCCAUGGGAGUAAUCGGCUGAUAUUGGAGCAUUCCGGGCUUCCACUGAGAGAGAUUAGGAAGAUUUGCGAAAUUGAAGGAAUACAGUUCGACUCAUUACUUGUGUGGCAACAAACACUGAAGACGGAGGGGGAUCCCGAAUUAGUAAGACAGUUUCCUUUGCUACUAGAAAUCGAACCCAGCCAGGAUGUUAUCCAAAUCAGGGCGACAUACCAGCACGCGGUGCUACCGCACUCACAAAUUAAGCUUUUGCUAAGACAGUUAGACCAACUUGUGCCUGGGAUUAUUUCUCAACCUGCGGGCAAGCUGGAUAACCUAUUGGAUUCCUUGGACGAAGAUAUUCUCGCAAUUGAGAACCCGUAUCCAACACCGGCUGCAGAUACUGAAGUAGCUUCUCUUGCAGAACUUGUUGAGCUCUCUUCGGUGAUGAGACCUAGAGCUAUUGCACUUGAUUACGCAAAAAACAUUGCCAAUGGUACAUCCGACUCAAUAAGGCUCACGUAUGCCGAGCUCAACACACAUGCAAACAAACUCGCUCACCAUCUAAUCUCACUGGGCGCCAUUGCCGACGACCUUGUCUGUGUGUGCAUGGAAAAGUCACCCGAGAUGUAUAUAACCAUAUUGGCGGUUCUCAAGGCAGGCGCAGGUUACCUCCCACUCACACCAGAAACUCCAAAGGAGCGGAUGAGACAGAUUUUGGAAAAUUCCCGGGUGGUGCCGGUGGAUGCUACAGAUAUCGACGAAUACACUGAUAGCAAUCCCGGUAUGGCCCGAAGUGGUGAUGCAUUAGCAUACGCUGUGUUCACUUCUGGAAGUACGGGUGCGCCGAAGGGGGUGCUAGUUACUAACGCGAAUAUCGUAGAUAAUCUCCUGGUUUUGAAAGGGUUGUAUCCCACCAAUGAAUGGUCUAAGCUUCUGCAGUUUUGCUCAAUUGGCUUUGAUGUAUCUGUUUUCGAGAUCUUUUAUGCAUGGACCAUGGGAAUUUGCCUAUGUUCUGGAACAAAGGAUGUACUACUCCGCGAUAUUGAGGGUGUAAUCAAUACGAUGGGAAUCACGCACUUGAGCAUGACGCCAACAGUUGCCGCACUAGUCAGUCCUGAGAACGUGCCAGGAGUGGAGUUCUUGGUGGUGGCAGGGGAGGCUUUAACGCCUAAAGUUUAUAAUGAUUGGGCAGGAAAGGGACUUUUCCAAGGGUAUGGGCCAAGCGAAACCGUGAACAUAUGCACCGUAAGACCGAAUGUACGAGGGAUCGACCAUAUCAAUAAUAUUGGGACACCGUUCACGAACACUUCCGCAUUCGUGCUUGUAGAUUUUGAAGAGGAAUUUAGAGUGUUACCAUUGGGAGGAAUCGGGGAGCUUUGUUUCGGGGGCGCUCAAGUGGGGCGCGGAUACCUGAAUAUGCCCGAACUCACAAGCCGCAAAUUUAUUUCCCAUGUCAAAUAUGGCAGAGUAUACAGGUCCGGCGAUAUCGGAAGGAUGCUGCCUAAUGGUUCACUCGAGUUCGUCGGACGGCAGGACGGCCAAGUCAAAAUUAGAGGUCAGAGAAUCGAGCUUGGGGAAAUAGCCUCGGCUUUACUUCGAUCAAAAAAGGUUAUCGACGCAGUGGCAACCCCGGUCCGAAGAGGGCCACAAGGUGCCUAUCAGCUCAUCGCUUUUGUCGUUCCACAUGGAUUGGAGAGUUCAGAGUUUUCGGCAAUACAGAAUAAUGAAGGGGCAAAGAAGUUAGUUGCGGAGCUUUUCCAACACUUGACAAACUUCCUUCCGCCGUAUAUGGUUCCGCCUGCUAUAAUCCCGUUGACUGCGCUGCCAAUGACGGCCCAAGGCAAGAUCGAUACAAAGCUACUGCAGUCUACGUACUUUACACUUGACAGCGAAGUUGCAGAAUCCUAUACGCCGGAAUCUUCGUCUGGGGUGGAUGAGCAAGAAUGGACAGCGCUAGAACGCGAUGUUGCAAAAGCUAUCGCUGAGGUCGCAGGAGUGGCGCCUAGAGAGGUCAGGCGAGCAACAUCCAUAUUCAGACUGGGACUUGACUCAAUAUCAGUUAUCCAAUUAUGCAGCCGUCUCACAAAAGCGGGAUAUAUCAGACUGGACGUUUCCCAGAUUAUGCGGAACCCGGGUCCCGCUACUAGCGUUCAGAUGAUUCUUCCUUGCACCCCGCUGCAAGAGGCGAUGCUUACCCGGGAUGGGGAUGCGGACUUGAGUUUGCAGACAUCCCUCUUAGCCCUUGGGCAGGCAGCUUGGGCACGGCUACUUUCGGUAUACACUGGCGAAACCGAUGUUUGCUUCGGUAAUGUGGUCAGCGGGCGAACUAUUCCCGUCGAGGGGGUUGAAGAUAUUAUUGCCCCAUGCUUCAAUACCGUGCCUAUCCGAGUUCAAGUUUCACCUGACUCAACGAAUUGGAAUAUCACGAACAGGCUGCAAUUGGUUAAUGCAGAGUUGCUACCAUUUCAACUCACCCCAGGUUGUUCGAUACUCUAUUCAUUCUUCAACAUGCCAGUCGGCCGCCCGAUAUCGAAGAACUACCUGGAUUUCUCUAUUGUAGUGGAGCUUGUGCCGUCUCGGAACACGGACACUCUGGAUAUUACGCUUCACUUCCGGAGAGAUAUAUUGUUAGAAGAGCAUGCAGAUGUUCUCGUAAGACAGUUAGAUUGUGCUAUUGUCUCUUCUCUUAGCCACCCGUCUGGUUCUGCUGCGGAUUUUACGUCUUUCGGCCAAAGUUAUCUUUCUUAUGCAAAUUGUGUACCAGUCAACACCCACGAUGAGCGGAGCCUGGGCCUGUUACACUCUGAAUUCGAGCGUCAUGCCGAAGAGAGCCCAUCACGUAAUUCCCUGGAAUAUCUUAAUAAGGACGGCGAGAUUGCUGCCUGGACAUUCGAAAUGCUCAAUCAAGCCGCUAACCGGGUUGCACACUACCUAAUUUGCAAAGGAGUGAAGAGAGACGAUGCGGUACCGUUAUGUCUGGAAAAAUCUCCUAUAUUUUAUAUUUGCGUUCUGGGCGUAUUGAAAGCCGGUUCUGCUUUCACCCCAAUUGACCCCAGCUUGCCGGAACAACGGAAGCGAUUUAUGAUUGAGGAACUUGAGCUUUUGGAUAUCGCGAGUGAGGAUCUAUCAUCUUGGCCAAAUUCGAACCCUAUGAUCGAAGAUCUCAAGGAAAAUUGCUUGGCAUAUCGAAUUUAUACCUCCGGAUCAACAGGAAAGCCCAAGGCUGUAUCAUUGGAGAUCGGCAGUGCAGUCCACACGCUCCAUGCUUCCAAACCUAUCAUCCCAUGGAGAGAAGACUCGAGAUUGCUACAGUUUGCCGCCACAACAUUUGAUAUGUGCUAUUACGACUGUUUCAUGGCGUGGACUUAUGGGUUUACUCUCUGCUCCGCGGACAAGAGCUACUUGCUUGGUGAUUUGGAAGGAACGAUCAAGAGAAUGGGAGCUACGAUGUUGGACUUGACUCCCACUGUGGCAUCAACUCUACAUGCAGAGAAUUUGCCGGGCGUUGAAUUACUUUAUUGCAUUGGAGAGGCCAUGCCUCAGAAUCUUGUUAGUGAUUGGGAUGGGCGCUGCGCUAAUUCCUAUGGGCCUACCGAGGCGGCAAUGUGUUGCACGAUCGUUCCCACUAAUAAAAAAAUUAAGUCUUCGAAUAUCGGCAAGCCAUUCGACACUGUGAGCUUCCGUGUGCUCACCAAGGAUGGGAGAUCAAUGGUCCCAAUCUUUGGGAGCGGCGAGCUAUGUAUUGGGGGUCCUCAGGUUGCGCGCGAAUAUCAUAACAACCCGGAACUCACGGCAAACAGAUUUAUCAACUUUGAAGGAAGUCGAAUCUACCGGACCGGUGACCUAGUUCGUCAGCUGGGGGAUGGAAGUUUUGUGUUCAUUGGGCGCACGGAUGACCAGGUCAAGAUUCGGGGACUCCGUGUGGAGUUGGACGAGAUCAAUUCCGUGCUCAGGAGCGCACAUGACAGAGUUAGAGAUGCUACGACUAUAGUCACGAAGCACAGCGGCGACUCCAAGGAGCAACUUGUGUCAUUCCUUUCGCUGGAAGACCGAAAGCAACAUGGGACGAGUGUGAGUGUUCUCAAGGUCGAUUCACAAUUGGACGGAAUUAUGAUAGCGUCCCGCGAUGCCGUGAUAGCCAAGCUCCCCCGAUAUAUGGUUCCCGGAGUUAUCUUGAUCAUAGAUCACAUUCCGCUUUCAGCAGCCGGCAAGAUUGACAAGAGGUCUUUAGUAGCGUUAUUUAAAGAGCAGAAUGUCCGGUCCCUCACCUCUAGAUUUAUUGAUGCAGACGAUGGUACUCAAUGGACUGAAAACGAGGCAAAGGCCAGAGAGGCCUUUUCAAAAAUAUCGCGAGUGCCAGUCGAGCAGAUUUCACGGUCUUCCACGAUUUACGAGAUCGGACUUGACAGUAUCAGUGCUUCACAGGUUGCCAUGGAGUUGAAGAAGGUUGGGCUGCAGGUUUCCGUGAUUGAUAUAUUGGAAAGACCCUCUAUUACUUCACUUUCUCCUAAGCUGAAACCUAUCACCAGAGUUUGUGGGAUGCUUUCCCAAUUUUUGCGGUCCAAAGGGAAGUUAUAUUUUAACCAUAUCGUAUUCGAGCUUUCGGAAGAUAUCGAUCUACUAAGACUGCGGGAUUCCUGGGAUGUUCUUAUCACAGACCAGAAAGGCGAGAAGACCUCUAUCGCGCUCAAAGAUCUCUCCCUGCCAUCAUGGAAUCUCACUCUACUCCAAAGAUCUUCCGGGAAUCAUCUCCUCAUGUUAUCCGCACACCACGCGUUAUACGAUGCGCAUUCCCUAGCAGUUAUUCUUCACAGCGUUGCUCGUCAAUACGCCAGGAGAGAUUAUUCCUUAUCGCACAAGUUUUCACGUGCCCUUAGCGAGAUUGUGAAACAUACCACGGAUAGUAAGAUUAUAUCGGACGAUCAGGAAUUCUGGAAAAAGCAUUUGGACGGCUGCACAAUCUCUCGGUUUCCGAAUCUGUCCCCCAUCAGAGUUAAGAGCACCGCGAGCCAUGUAUCUUCUAUCGACGCAAAUUGGAGUUUAUCGAAUAUUCAAAAGGCGUGUAGGCAAUUAGGGAUAUCGGUGCAUGCGGCUGGGCAAGCAGCCUGGGCCAGGAUUUUGUCAGCAUAUUCAGGAGAGACCAGUGUGGCAAUGGGUGUUGUAAUUUCGGGAAGAUCCGGGAUUAGUGAUUCCGAGGAUCUUGCGUUUCCUUGUAUCGCGACCCUCCCGUCACUAUGCGUGUUGACAGGAAGCAAUCAGGAACUUGCGUUCAACAUUCAGAAUAGCAAUUCCCAAAUGCUCAAACAUCAACAUACGCCGCUUCGAUCGAUACAGAAGUUGCUGGGUCAUACUGAACUGUCUCUGUUCGACACGAUUUUCGUAUAUCAAAAGGGUGAAGUCCGUCAGAAUGAGGUUGAUUUUGCCUGGAAGGUAGUACAAGAAGAUGUAUCUGUCGAUUACUCGAUAUCUCUGGAGCUAGAACCUACUGCAGACGAUUCUUUACUUAUCCGCGCUACAUGCAAGGACAAUAUCAUGCCACCAGAGCAGACAGAAUUAUUGCUCCGUCAGUUCCAGGCGGCCUUGAUCGACAUAUUAGAAUCGCCCGAUAGCCCCAGCACUGACUUUUACAGAUUCCCUAAGGAAGCCCUCUCAUAUACCCCUGCGAGGGAGGACGAAAUCUCCACCGAUACCCAUCUUCUCCACAAAUUUGUGGAGAAGCAUCGUCAACUCGUUCCGGACAAAGUUGCAUAUGACAAAGUAGAUGCAGAGAUUGCCAGCAUGCAAAGCAGCGUCGCAAUUAGGACGGCCUCCACAGAGACUCCCGAAAUCCCAGAUCUCAAGCCUAGCGACCUAUGCUAUUGCCUCUAUACCUCGGGCACAACUGGAACACCGAAAGGCUGCGAACUAACGCACGAGAACGCCGUUCAGGCCAUGCUUGCCUUCCAGCGCCUAUUCAGCCCCCAUUGGGACUCCGAAUCCCGUUUCCUCCAGUUCGCGUCUUUCCACUUCGACGUUAGUGUUCUGGAGCAGUUUUGGAGUUGGAGCGUGGGUAUUUGCGUGACGUCUGCUCCUCGAGAUCUUAUCUUCCAAGACCUUGCGCUUACUAUUCGGGAGUUACGGAUAACACAUUUGGAUCUUACGCCGAGUCUUGCUUCGCUGAUUAAGCCCGAAGAUGCACCGUUGUUGUGUAAAGGUGUGUUUAUCACCGGGGGUGAGCAACUUAAGCAAGAGAUUUUGGAUGCUUGGGGAGAGGAGGGGUGUAUUUACAAUGGAUAUGGGCCGACUGAGGUUACAAUCGGGUGCACAAUGUACCCUAGAGUCCCAGCAGGCGGAAAGCCGUCAAAUAUUGGGCGACAAUUCGACAAUGUUGGGUCGUUUGUUUUGGCUCCAGGCACCGACAAACCAGUUCCUCGCGGUGCCAUCGGGGAGCUCUGUGUCUCGGGAAAGCUGGUGGGACGCGGAUAUCUGAAUCGUCCCUCACUUACCGAAGAAAAAUUCCCGUACCUCGAAUCCCUAGGCACUAGGGUAUACCGCACCGGUGAUUUGGUCCGUCUCUUCCAUGACGGCACAUUUGACUUCGCAGGGAGAGCGGAUGACCAAGUCAAACUUCGCGGGCAGCGAUUGGAAAUCAGUGAAAUUAACGAGACUCUCAAACAGGCGACCGUUCACGCCCGGGGUGUGGCGACUCUGGUCUUGAGGCAUCCAAAGCAGCAGAAAGACCAACUUGUGUCGUUCAUCGAGUUAGAAACUAGAGGGCGCGUAAAUCGUUCCGAUAUCAAAGUUCUUGAUGACCCAGAACAAUACUCUCAGGUCGUCACUAUCUUAGCAGAUGCGUGCAGACGCAACCUGCCUGUGUAUAUGGUCCCCACUCACUUCUUGCCUGUUUCUGCGAUCCCACUCUCGGUAAAUAACAAAGUUGACAGCAAGAGACUUAAGAUACUCUAUCAUGAAACAUCACUCGAGACACUUCAGCGGAUUUCGAAAAGGGAGGAUGCAGAAGAUGGGAGUUGGUCUGAGGUUGAGGAACGGCUAAGAGUUGUGCUCGCUGAUGUUACUUCCCUUAAGGCCUCUGAUAUCAAGCGGUCUUCCACAAUUUUCGAGCUUGGUUUGGACUCUAGGGUUGGUUUUGUUGCGGCGUCCGUUUCGAUUAUUAUGCAGUACCCAGUCCUAUCCCAGCUAGCUUCGGAACUAGGCAAAGGAGACGUCAGCACUUCACAAGAUUUCUCCAUUACUGAAUCUAUGAAACAGAACUUAUUAGCAUUUGCCAACAGGAACACGUUUGAGGUUUACGAACAACUUUCCCUAAGCCCCGGCGAUGUCGAGUCGAUUGCACCAUGCACAGCACUCCAAGAGGGGAUGAUCGCUAGAUUCCUUGAUUCCGGAAAGCCACUUUACUAUAAUUCUUUCCCGAUGGUGAUAGGCUCGCCAAAUAAAAUUGGUAGAAUUCGCAACGCAUGGACUCAGGUAAUACGCUCAACGGGAGUGCUGCGUACUUGCUUCUGCGAGACUCCGGAUGGGUAUGCUCAGGUGGUCCUUAAGAAUCCUGAGAUGCAGUGGGAAGAAAUAUCAACAUCCGAUAACACUGCUCAAAUCACUAUCCUAGAUAAGUUGGCCAGGCACGCGGAUUUAAAUAGGGACUUGCAUAAGGUACCGCUUUAUCUUCUCGUUGUGGAAACCCCAAAGAGGACAAUACUUGUUCUUAAUAUCUUCCAUGCACUUUACGACGGGAGCAGCUUGCCAUUGAUUCUCCAGGAUGUCCAGAUGGCUUAUCAUGGCCAGUACGAACCAAGACCUCAUCAAUUCGUUGAUAUUGUCGGACAUCUACUUUCGGUCGAUAGCGCAAAAGCGCGUACAUUCUGGGAGAAGACACUCGCUGAAGUCACCCCCUGCGGCUUUCCCGAAGCCCCCGGGGUGCCCGACGAUGCUGACCAUGUGGUGCAGCUCGCUUCCAAAACUAGUAUCACAAGUGUCGAAACUAUCUGUAAAAGGAUUGGAUGCACUCCUCAAGCUGUAUACCAAGCUGCGUGGGCAAGUGUGCUGUCAGGAUAUAUAGGACCGAGACCGGUCUUUGGGCUUGUUGUUUCUGGUCGCUCUAUUCCAUUAGAGAACAUUGAACAAACUAUCGGGCCACUUUUCAACACUAUUCCAUCCACACUGAAUCUCGAAAGCGCGCUAUCGUGGGAAGAACUAAUUAGGGAAGCCCACCGCUUCUAUUCAGAAUCUAUUCCGUAUCAUCAUACGCCUCUGCGCCUCAUCAAUAAGUGGAUGCGAGCAACGGCACAGAGGCCACUAUUUGAUACCUUGUUCGUGUACCAAAAGGGUGAGACCACGAAUUCUGAUCUGGGGCCCCUCUGGGAGCUUCUAGGUAGUACCGCUUCUGCAGAUUAUCCACUCGCACUAGAAGUUGAACAAAGCCACUCCAAUGGAGUGAAGUUUUCAAUAGUCUCGAAAGGAUCGCUUAUGACAAGAGAGAUGUCCUUGGAGCUACUGGAGCGUCUUGAUGGACAGAUGCGGUGCAUUGCAGACAACCCAUCCUGCAAACCAUCUGCUAUAUCCACUCUAGAAAAAGAGUCCGCCUCCAAUGCGACUAAUAUCGACAGCCUCCCUAAUCAAGACCAUUCCGCUUGGGGAAUAGAAGCAAAUAUCCUACGCCAAACAAUAGCGGCUCUUGCCGAGGCCAGCGAAUCCAAUGUCACUAUGGACUCUUCUCUAUUCGAACUAGGAUUGGAUAGUAUUGACGCCAUCAAGCUAUCCUCACGGCUUCGUCGAUAUGGAAUGAAAAUCUCAGUAAGCAACAUUAUGCGAAAUCCAACCAUCCGGAAGUUGGAGCUGUUUCUCCGCGGAUCUUCAACCCAGCCAAAGGGAUUAGUCGGGGAAGAGCUACUCCCCAAGUUCACAGAGCGCAUACAAAAGGCGUGGAAGUCUCUGAGACAUGACGAGAUUGAGGCAAUUUACCCAACCACACCACUUCAGGAAGCCAUGAUAGCCGAAACCCUAGCUUCAGACUACCAAUUGUAUUUCAACCAUGAUGUCUUGGAGCUAGAGGACUGGGUCAACACUAGUGAUCUCCGACGAGCCUGGGCUGCGGUGGUCGAACGGUCCGAAAUUCUAAGAACAAGCUUCUUCAGCGCAUCUGAUCUAUUCCCAGAAUCACCGUGCACCUUUGGCCAACUAGUUCACAAGCGGUCAAAAUUCCACUGGGGUGAAGUAACCGUGGCCAAGAAUGACGAUCUCCACGCCGCUUUCAAGAAGGUCAUGCAGGAAGCUACCGAGAAGGUUGACAUGCUCAAAGAGCCUCCUUUCAGAGUUGCGAUCGUGCACAGCCCCAAGACUAGACAUUUCAUACUUUCUAUAUCUCAUGCUCUCUAUGACGGGUGGUCUAUUGCAUUACUGCAUGAGGACGUACAGAGGGCAUACCAUGAUUCACCAACUCAGAGACCAUCUUGUCGUUUACUAUUGGAAAAUGUUUAUGGCGAGGACCAGAAACAGGCCGAAAUAUUCUGGAAACAAAUUCUCGCAGGCGCCUCUCCCUCAAGCCUCCGAGCCUUACCAACAAAAAUAGAAAAACCAAAGCUUUACAGGCGAGAACAAAACUCAUCUAUGCCGUUCUCAGCAAUUCAAUCAUUCUGUAAGCACGCAGGCGUCACUAUUCAAUCGCUCGGACAAUUGUGCUGGGCCCUUCUCUUGGCUCAUCACUUGGGUGAACCAGACGUUAUGUUUGGGACUGUUCUUUCGGGAAGAGACCUUGAUUCUGCGGAUGAGAUUAUGUUUCCGGCAAUGAAUACAGUCCCUAUCCGGGCGAUUGUCCACGGGACAUACAAAGAGAUGUUACAGCAUAUGCAGGACAAUUCUGCAAAUGUUAUCAAGUACCAGCAUACCCCUCUUCGGAAAAUUCAAAAACUUGUCAAUAGUAAUGGACAGCGCCUUUUCGAUACCUUAUUCAUAUACCAGCGCUGUCGCAAGGGGUCAGUAGACAAGCAGAAUGCUCUAUGGCGUUCGGUUGAUAGCACGUCCGAUGUUGAGUAUAACGCUUGUGUUGAAAUGGAACAGGACGGGAACAAUUUGAUAUGGAGGACAGCUUGCAAAUCGACCGCGUUUCGCUUGCAAGACGCACAGUCGCUUCUUCAGAUGUUAGACUCGUUAUUGGUCGAUAUUGUAACCCAUACAAACCAACCUUCCAUCACGUAUCGUGAAAUUGGCCCUACAUUUGGAAACCUCCCAACCUCGACCGCAGACCGCUCAAGUCAGAUAAAAACCCUGAACGGGGUUCGAAUAGAUCUCGGGGGAAAAACUGGAGAAUGGACUUCUCUUGAAAAAACCUUCCGCAAAGUUCUCGCGAAGGUCUCAAACACACCCGAAAGGGAGAUCGGACGAACUCAAACCAUUUUCCAUCUGGGUCUCGACUCUAUAAGCGCUAUUUCUCUCUCGUCGGAAUUGAGGAAGAACUUGAUCUUCUUGGGUGUUGCCGAAAUCCUUAGCGCUGCAACAAUCGAGCGUAUGGCAGCGUCCGUUUGCGCCAUGAAUAGCCAAGGACCACCGCCGGCGAAUCCCUUGGAUAGCAGAAGUAUUAUCUCUAAGGCUUGUGAAAAUCUCGAGUACAUGAAAGUUCCGGAGAGUGUCAAGAACCACAGUGUUGAGUUCACGAUGCCGGCUACUCCCGGUCAACAUUACAUGAUCUCAAGUUGGGUAAACUCGGGCUAUAAACUUUUUAUGCCUACUUUCUCUUUCAAGUGUAGGAGAGUGGAGCCCUCUUGCGUUCUAACUGGAUGGGAGGCGCUCGUUCGACAAGAGCCAAUUCUUCGUACUACUUUUGCCGCUACAAAUAAUACGGAUACAAUCAUUUUCAUCACCAUCCACCAUGCCCUCUAUGAUGGUGUUAGCCUUCCACGCUUGAUUGCUAAAUUCCAAGGAUUCCUCAAUAGGCCGAUUGGCCGACUUCUUACCCCUGAUUCGGAAGGCCCCAAUUUCAUGGACACGGUUGCUUUUAUACAGUCUCGAGAUCUUAGCCACCAACGCACGUUUUGGACUAGAUACCUGAGCGAAUCGUCUUCAACCUGCGCUCCUGAAAAAACUCAUUCCACCAGUCCACCCGAGAAACGAGUUGCACUUUUCCAGCCCAGAGCGCUUUCAAACGUCGCGAGACUGGAGAGAGAAUGUCGUCAACACGUUAUAUUCGGCAUUUACCUUUCCAAUAGACAUCUGCCCGUAGCUGAUCUAGAGACUUUGGCCGCACCCACCCUCAAUAUCGUCCCUAUACGAGUCAGCGCUCCGGGAGAUAAAUCAACUAUAGAGGCGGCUCGCCAAAUCCAAGAUGACCUAAUGACCAUUGGGGACCCGGAAAACUCAGUCAUUUCAUUAUGGCGAAUUAUGGAAUGGACCGGUAUACGGGUCGAUUGCUUCUUCAACUUCCUGAAGCUUCCGGGUAGUUCCACGUGGAACCCUAACGACGAUGGGACAAUAAAUGGGGUAGACAAAAUUAUUUUGGAAGAGUUUACCCCCGAUAACGCCGAGCCCGCUAUCAGACCAGGAGCUCACUUUGAAAGAAACGCGUCCAUGAAGGAUAUUAAGACAAAUGUUGAUGUCGAGGUCGCUGUCCGCGGCGAUCAAGUCGAUGUGGGGAUAUUUUCUACGACUGGGCAUCUUGAGGAGGAGGAUGCGCAAAAGGCAAUUCUCUGGAUGUGCGAUAUAGUGGAAGGGGAAUGGGGAUCUGAAUAGGGAUGGAUUAUAGUGCUUUUGUUUAUUUCUUUUAUUAGUUCUCAUUCCAUCCAAUAAAGUCACCAUAACUUGGGUUUAAAUAUAA